AUGGCUACACUCUUUCGUGAUUUACAAACCAAGGGGAAAGUAAUUAUCAUGCUGGCUGUAAUCCUAGUUGUGGUUUUGAUGUACCACAUAUCAUUUCCAUAUAAAAAAUUAUCAUAUCCUGCCCCGGCUCGUUCAAAGACAAAGCAGGAUCAUUCUCCCAGCACGUCAGUGGUUGGAAAACAGCCAAACAGCACACAGGUGAUACAAAACACGGACAAGCCUGUACUGCUGCUGUGGUUCUGGCCUGAAAACAAAAGAUUUGACUUUCAAGACUGCAAGACGCUUUUUCAAAUUGACAGCUGCCACCUCACAGAUGAUAGAUCUUUAUACACCACAGCUCAGGAAGUUUUGGUAUUUCACAAUGCUAUCCAGGAUGACCUUUCCAACCUUCCCACUCCACCUAGACCCAGAUUUCAGAGGUGGAUCUGGUUUAACACGGCCUCGCCCAACAACACUCGCAGGAUAACAGGCAUUCAAGGCCUUUUUAAUUUAACCAUGAGCUACAGGAGGGAUGCAGAUAUCCAUGUUUGCUGGAGACUGACUCUUAAGAAGGACGUGGAUGCAGAUUUUGUACUACCCAAGAAGGAGCGAUUACUUUGUUUGAUUAUUGAUAGAGGUGACCCCCACACACAACCAUGGAAGAGCUACUAUGAAGAUCUUACUAAACACAUAAAGGUGGAUGUCUUUUCCAGCUUAUCGGCCAGUUUUUCAAAGAGUAAGAGCUAUUUCCAAACUGUCAGCGGCUGCAAAUUCUACCUUUCCUUUGAGACUUCAACUCACAGAGAUUACAUUACAGAAUCGUUCAAUGGACCUCUUGCGGCUGGCACUGUACCGAUAGCUUUUGGCCCCCCGAGAAGGAACUAUGAGGAUUUAGCCCCAGGUUCUUCCUUCAUACAUGUGGAUGACUUUCCUAAUGCCACAAAACUGGUUAAGUUUCUCUUGAGGCUGGAUAAGGAUCAUGACGCUUAUAUGAGAUACUUUGAUUGGCGGCGAUUUUAUACAGCCAGACGUCAUCCUACUGAGGAGAAUCGUCAGUUUGCACACGCUAUCUGCCAGGCCUGCGAUCAUGUGGGCAAGAACAGGGUGUACAGAGUCGUACCUGAUCUGUACAAGUGGUUUUUAAUUUGA